UCUCCGAUCGGUAUGCAAGCAACUCAGAUGGGUACAAACUGGUGGUGGGAGUAGCUUUUGAAACCUCUCGUAAUUCUUUGACUGAACUCUUGUAUUUGUGUAUCCAUUUGCAAGUUCCGAAAGGUAUUAGACGUGGGUCGGAAUUUCUUUAUCUCUCGGUUUUUAUCAUUCAUUCAUACAUUUUCGGUAGUUCUCUCACAAAGUUAGUGUAUUUUAUGUCUUAAGUGUUGUUGAAUUCGUGUUUUUGUAUCUACUACGUGAAAUAUUUGUUGUUACUUAAGGAAUAUACUUAAAAAUUUUCAGGAGAUAGUUGUUAAUUCGUUGAUUUCUUCUGCUUAUCACACAUCUGAUCGUCCUUUUUAAUCUCCAAAUGGAAUUAUAACCCGAUGCAAACAUCUGGUCCAGCCACUGUAUAAUGUCAUCAGCCAUAUGCCAGAAUUUCGUGCAGAACGCUUGGAAGAAAGAAUUAUGUUCUAAUUGCUUCAAGUCCAAAGACGAGCACCAAGAAAAACCGAAACCUAAGCCCAUACAACUGAUAUCUCGCGACAAAGUCGAAGGAAUCAUCAAAAAUGGUAAAAGAUCCAAGCCCAAACAUAGUGUAUGCUUCGAUAAAAUUUUAGCCGAGGUGAUUGGGUAUGGUGGUGAGGAUUGGUGUUCUGAUCCAGAGGAUGAGGUUGAGAACGAGGAAAGUAGCGAAGAAGAAGUCUUGCUAGAUUCAGACGACGAAGAAUCUUACAAAGAAUUACAGAGAAUUACGAAAGAAAACACAGAUUUCAAUACAGUAUCGUUGAAAGAUACCGAGGUAAAGAAAUCUUACACCCAACUACGUCUUGGCAAACCUGUUGUAGACGCUGCAGGCAAAAAACAAACUUUACUAGUAUCCGUUACUCCAUUUGGUGAAGACUCUUCCCCUGCGGUGAAAAAACUUAACACCAAGAACCUAUCUCACAUACCUAUUGCGAAAAACAAUAAAGAAGUAAUAGCCGAGACCAAAACUAACGUUGUACUUACGUCUUACACGAAAAACGAGGAAGAAAAAAUAGAAAAACAAGAAAAGUCUUUGUUGGACGAAAUUUCGGAAACAUUAGAAAACAGUAAGAACCCUAUACAGAUCAUGGUGAAGAAGAAAGCUCAAAAAGAAAUACACCUCACUGUCACCGAAUCGGAAAUCAAUAAAGAAAAUAUAGAAACAGUCAAUACAGAAGUUACCAAAGUUGAAACGAUACAGGAAGAAAAAGUUAACAAGUCUCUGGUUGUAGAGAAAAAAAUAAAUCUAUCGAGAACACCAGCUUUAAAAAGAGACAUAGAGAAGCCAGUGAUCUACCAGACAUCCACAGCAAAAAUAGAACUCAUGAAUACGAAGAAUAAUAAAAAUAACAAAGAAAUGUUAAACAACGCGAAAGUAAAAAUUGAUAAUAAGAACGAGAAACCAGCUACAGACCCUAAAAAAGAUAUUCUCACCACUACAAACUUUAUAAAAGCUGAGAUAAUUCACUCUAAGGUAAACAGUUGUGAACCGAAAGAAAUUAAAGAUGAAAUAAACUCAAACGUUGCUAAUUCUACAGAAAAGGCUCCAGAAGAUAGGUUAACAACGUUACCACCUCCUCUUCCCGUCAAGUAUAUACCUUUCUCGCAAAGUCGGGAACAAGCAGGCAAGCCGGAUGGUAGAGAAGAUCCAAUAGCUGGUGAACUACCUCCUUUGCCCAGAACGCCUCCUCCUCCGAUCUUGGAAUCCCAGAGUUCUUUCCUGCAUGGGGUACCUCCGAUCUACGAAAAACCUAAAAUACCUUCUAAACCAGUCGGUGUAUUGCUGAGAAAAUUGCCGAAUGCUCAAACUGUGAACGUAUUUACCAAACCUAAUGAAAAAGUUCCUCUCGUUCGACAGGAUUCGAAUGAUGCUGAAUUGAAGGCCGGCAAAAGGAAAGCACCACAGCCUCCAGAAGAAACGUAUUCCAGAAAUUCUAGCGGUGAUUCAAUGAAAGAGAGUACAGACGAAGAUUCCAUUUAUGUAUCAGCGGAUCCUUUACCUAGAAAAUCCCUUUCCACAGAUUGUCUAGCUGUGGACGAGAAGAGAAAAGAAAAAAACAAGGCUAGGUUUUCUUUAAAGAAGUUCCUCAGAAUGGGAUCUAAUAAAGACAUCACAAAACUUGCCCCAGAAAUAAUAGUUAAGCAAGAAGAGGACAACAAACUGCAUCCUAAACCUAGGUUGGUGAUUGUACACCCUAGUGAGCUCAAUGGAGAUAAAGUUGAAGUAGUUGCUAAGACGGGACUGGAUCAGUGCGAUUAUCAAGCAAUUGGGCACGAAUAUAGUACUCCAGCUGGCGACUACGAAAUUUAUAAUCCACCAGCAAAGGCAGCGAAACCUCCUCCACCACCUAGAAACUUUAGCGAAAUCACUUCGACCAAACCUAAUCUACCUACACCACCUAAAUCUGUGGAGAUUUUGAACAAACAAAGACAGAUCAGCAGGAAUAACUCUAACAGUAAGAAAACAGAGACUGUAUAUGCUAAUAUAGGUGAAGUUAGGUCGUCUAUAGUGCCUAACAAACCUGUUAGGACUGCUAGUAUGAGAGAGAGGGAAGCUGCAUUGCAGCAGAAGCAGAUGAGGAAGUUGGCGCACAACUACGAGCCGAUCAACAUUCGAAAAGAGAGUUCCGAAAACGUCUACGACUAUAUUAACUCAACCAGGUCAAGUUCUCCAGAUUCCGACUCUAGUAGAGACAAGGGGAGUCCAAAAAGUAAGACUGUUAGGUUAGGGAAACGUUCUGAGAGCAGCAUCGAUGUUUCUGCGGAGUACUUCAAGUAUGGAAAUAUUCCGAGGAGUAUGUCUUUGACGUAUUGUGGCAGCGAAACCGAAUCUGAGAUAUACUCACCCUAUAGCUUCUAUGGAAGUGAAUCUGAGGUAACAGAAGAUGACCACGACUGGAUACAAAACGGACGAACACAUAAAUUACGCUCAAGGAAAGGAAGAAGUAUUGUCCACAAGAACCUCGAAGACAACUACGGGGCUGUGGUAGUAGCUAACCAUGAGGCUUUGGCCCAAGUACUUGAAAAUAUCCAACAAAUCAAUCACAUCCAACCGGCCCUCAGAGGACUCAAGAACCUUUCGAAUCUACGAUGGACCGAUUUUUCCAUCAAAUCCACCACAUCGCCAAUCAUAGUAGGUUCCAGGAUAUUCCAUCAAGCGCUUUGGGGUACCCAGCACGUCACGCUGGCGUUGACAGCAGGUACCACCACGUCAAGUGCGAUGCCUUUAGGCACUUUUAACUUAACCUCGAUAAGCGAAUUCAGCGACCUGAUACCCACUAAUUAUUUGGUUACGUCGGAUGAAAGCAAAGAAGAUGACAAUAAGCAAAUCCAGGCAACCAUCCAGGUGUUACCGUACCUCCAAAUCAAUACUAUCCAAACGUACGGCGACGUGUUAAAAGCCAAAUCGCAAGAAGACAGUUGGAAGGAUUCGAAUUUCGUUCUGCUGCAGCUGGUAAACGCUUUGAAGACGAUACAAGCACAAGGAAUCGAGGAACUGCCUCUGUCUUUGAAUACUUUCGUGCUUUGUAAAGAUAUGGAUAAGGAAAGCCAUCACAGACUGUGUGUUUUACAGGGAAUAUCCAUCGACAUAGCAACGAAAUCCAGCCAAGAAAAACACGGUACCCUCUGUAUGUGCGCACUGAAAGCCCUGAACUGCCUCCAACCCUCCACCAAAAUCACCCCUCUCCUCCAAUCGCUGCUGAGCCACGAACGAGCAGUUUCUUUAACGCAAGUCAAGAGUGUCCUGGAGUUCUCCCUGUGGGGCCCCUCAGACGUAUCACUCGGCAGCACCAUCAAGGAACGGGAGCUGGCUUUACAAAGAUGGUUGGAUCUUCAACGAGCGACUGUUUUGCAUGGUUUGGUGUGCACCAGAGUGCAGUUAACGGUCUAUGAGGAAUGCCAUUUGUUGUUUUUGGUCAGAUCUAACGCGAGGAUGAUGUGUGAUGCAUCGCUUUUGAUCGAAUCGAGUAAUUUGAAACAUAUCGUUGGAAUGAAUCAAAACAGGAUUGAAAAAUGCGUCGGUGCUUAAAUAUUAAUCAUACGAAUUAUACAGUUGACAAUAAUUCAAGUAACGAAAAGGUUUGUACUGUCUGGGCAGGUUCAUGAUGCGAAUAAGAACUGGAUUAAUGAUAUAACCGAUAAAAUUAACGACUAUCUGCAUCUAAUUUGACCUUUUAGUGUUAAAAAUGUUACUUAAGACCUUCUACAAGGAAAAUUACAGGCUCUGUACAGUGGAGUGCUUGCUAUAGUCCGUUCGCUAAACUCAACUGGCCAGUAAUUUUAGUAGGUAAUCUUUUUGUUUUUGGCCAAUUUUGCUAAAAUUGGCAAAAUUACUAACUAUUUAGUAAUUAUUUUUUUGCCAAAUUGGCAAAAUUACUUACUAAAAUCACUAGCCAAUUGUGUCUGAGUUUAGCGAACCGACUAUAAGAGUCGAAAUUUUACUGAAAUUUGUAGUGGUGCAUUUUUCGUCAAUGAUAAUAAUUGUUUUUUAUGCCAGCCAAUUUUUUUUUUCAAUAAAAUAACAUCAUUUUUAGUUCUUUUCGUCAAUUCUUCUUGCAUCUCUGCUUUCUAUGGAUGAUUCUAUCUGUGGUUGCAGAAUAUUACUGUACACUACUUUCUAGUGCAGUUAUUUAAUCAUUCAUUUGGACUGUUUGACACUUUUUUUACUAUUGCAAAUAAAAUUGUUGAUAAAUUGGCUUCAGACAAUUUUUGUUGAUCUGCUGAACACUUUUUUCUUUUUUGGCAGUCAUAACUAUUCUUUAAAAUUGUUGGCCAAUUUUUUACAAGUGUACUAGCCACUUUCGAGAUUUGCUAGCCAUUUUCUUCUUAGUGUCUGUUCUAGUAUUUCUCUUUAAUCGUUUUUUAUAACUGAAAACUAUUAUUUAGACCUGCCACAAAAUUUUUUGAAGCAUUGCUUGUCAGUUUCUGCUUUUCCGUCACUAAUUCUUAGUGAAAUUAACCUUCUAGUUGAUUUUUAACCGUUAUUUUAGAUCCGCCGAUAAUCAAAAACGCACAACAAAAAUGGAACUAAAUCAUCUGCUAAGCAAUUCUCUUUGAUUCCGAUGAUACCGAGUGAUUGUACUGUUCUGAAGCUGUACUUGAACCAAUCAUAAGGAUUUCUGGCCAAUUUUGCUAAGUAGCCAGACAAUUUCCUUUGAUUCCGAUGGUACUAACUGAAUAUACAGUUCUGAAGCUGCACUUAAACCAAUCGUAAAGAUUUCUGGUCAAUUUUGGUACGUUUGCCAUACAAUUUUCUUUUAUUUCUGUAGCAAUAAGUGAUUUUAGUAUUAAUUGAAUCGUCUGAAAGGUAACUAUUAUCAAAAGGAACAUUUUUACCAUUGUUUAGUAUUACUGUCCAAUUUUUGUAGGUCUUUUCUAUUCUAGGUCAAUGUCUUUUUUAUUCUCGGUUUGUGUAUGACUGUACAUGUAGUUAUUGUUACAAUGGUUCAGUACACAUCAGCUUUAAGUAAUACUAUUCAAUUAUUAUUGAAGACAAUGUUUUAGGUCUUCUUGCCAAUUUUUGUAGAUCUGUUACGACAAUUUUCUUAGGGGCAUAUAUUCUCGGUCUGUUUAUGACGGUAAUUGUUACAAUAGUUCAGUACACAUCAGCUUCAAUUGCUGCUAUUCAAUCUUUAUUUAAGGCAAUGGUUUUAGGACUUGUAGCCAAUUUUUGUAGGUCAUUGAUGUUCGAUCAUUUAAUAAUGUCAUAUUUUUUGUGUUUUUGAAUAUGCCAAGAGUGAUUUUUCUUGUAAAAGGCACUUGUUUAAUCAUAAGUGAUUUAUGAAACAUUUACAAGUAGCCCAAAAACACAAUUUUACAAAAGUCUACCAAGUUUUAUUGAUAAAUUAUCAAUAUACAAUCACACAAAAAUAAAAAUGAUCCUUAUUUUUAUACUUAAUUGUGCAUUGUAAAAUCCAUUUUUAAAAUUGAUAUAUCUUAGCAAGCAAUACGUUAUUAUGUAAAAUAUUUAUUUUUUAAAUUUCCAACUAUAAUGAAUGAUAUAUUAUCUGCUAGUGAUUCAUGUCCCUUAAUUUUGUUUUGUUAAAUUGUUACAUUUAAGUCUGCAGUCCAAAAUAUAUUAAUGAAAGUAUAAUAAUCAGACCAUUUUCAACAUCUCUGUAUCACCACCUUUGUUAUUAUGUUAAUAUUUAUAUAUUUUUUCGAAAAAUUGUUUAUACAUCAUUAAAAAUUGUAAAUAUUAUAUUAAAUAUUAAGUCUCUCUACUACCAAUUUAUUAAAAUAUUUUAUAUAUAUAUUUGUUGUAAGUAUUUUUGGAUUUUUUAAAUAUAUUUAUUGGUUAUAAA